GAACUAGUUUUUUAAUUAGUAGUAUCAUUUUGAUAUUCUAUAGCUACGUUACAACUAUAAAUAGGGUAGAGCAAUAGCAACUCUGGAUCACUCGUCCACAACGUGAGGGAAAAACAUGGAGGGAUUGGUACUUUGCCCUGCAAACCACAUACCGUUGACACCUCUAAGUUUUGUGGAACGCGCUGCAUUUGUUUACCGCAAAAAGGUAGCCUUAAUUCAUGGAAAUAUAAGUUAUUCAUGGGAAGAGUUGCAUGGAAGAUGGGUCAAGCUUGCUUCUUCUCUUUCUCAGCUUGGAGUCUCCCCUGGUGAUGUUGUGGCAGCAAUGGCACCUAAUGUACCAGCACUGUUCGAGCUGCAUUUUAGUGUACCAAUGGCAGGGGCAGUCCUUUCUGCACUUAACACAAACCUAGAUGCUGCCACUUUGUCACAAAUACUUCUACAAUUAGAGGCCAAAGUCAUUUUUGUAUACUCUGACUUCACUGAACUAGUGCUUCAAGCACUUACAAUGUUUCAAGAAAAAGACAAGCCAUAUCUUGUGGUCUUAAUCCAUGAAAGUAACAAUGUAAAAGAACCACUAGUAUCAUCAGCACCACCAAAGAUCCUGGAUUACCAAACACUUCUUGAAAUGGGGCAACCUAAUUUUAAGAUUGUGUACCCGAAAAAUGAAUUUGAUCCAAUUUCGAUCAAUUUCACUUCAGGGUCAACAAGGAAGUCUAAAGGAGUUGUGUAUAGCCAUAGAGCUGCCUAUUUGAAUGCAAUUGCUGACAUUUUUCGGUAUGAGAUGGGAAAAAGCCCAGUUUUUCUGUGGAUAGUGGAUAUGUUCCGAUGUAACGGAUGGUGUCUACCCUGGACCGUAGCUGCUUUGGGUGGCACUAAUAUUUGCCUAAGUGAAAUCAAUGGAAAAGAAAUUUUGGAGUCCAUUUACCUUCACAAUGUGACACAUUUUUGUGGUGCACCAAUAAUCCUUAGAAAAAUUGCAGAUGCAAUAGACACAAAUCAGCCCCUUUUACCUCACAAAGUGAAUGUAACAGUAGCAGGGGUAUUGCCACCACCAGAAAUAAUGACCAAACUGGAAAAGGUAGGGUUUAAUAUUAACCAUGCAUAUGGUAUGAGUGAAGCACUUGGUCAAAUGAUAUCAAUGCCUAGGAAAUAUCAAGAUGAUCAUCCCAAUUCAGAUGAAGACACUAACGUGAAAAUUCGCGAAGGGAUUCACAACAUUAUAAUGGAAGAAAUGGAUGUGAAAGAUCCAGAGAGUAUGAAAAGUGUGCCAGCAGAUGGGGAAACCACAGGGGAAAUUAUGUUUAGAGGCAAUGCUAUGAUGAUGGGGUACUUGAAAGAUCCUUCAAGAACUGAAAAAGCCUUUGAGGGAGGGUGGUAUAGGACUAAAGAUAUUGGAAUUAAAUACCCAAAUGGGUAUAUAAAAUUGAAGGAUCGCGCCGUUGAUGUAGUCAAAUCUGGGGAAAAAAUUAUAAAUACUCUUGAAUUUGAAGGUGUUUUGAUUAGGCAUCCUAUGGUUUGGGAGGCUGCAGUUGUAGCAAGACCUGAUGAUGUUCUUGGAGAGACCCCUUGUGCUUUUGUGAAAUUGAAAGAAGGGUGUUUUGUGACUGAUGAAGAAAUUAUCAAGUUCCGUGAAGAUUGGCUGCAAGAUUAUAUGGUUCCAAGGGCAGUAAUCUUUGGUGAUUUACCACUCAAUUCUUCAGGGAAAAUACAGAAAUUUAUUCUCAGGGACAAGGCCAAAGUCAUUAUGCAAUUUGAGCGUACGAGGCACACUAUCUAGCAAAAAAAUUGCUCAGGAUCCCAAAGGAAUUAUGUAUUUGUUAUAUUUGGUAUGAAUUUACUUGAUUGGAACUUUGUUGAAAAGUUUAUUUGAUAUUAAUAUUGUUGAAA